AUGUUAAGAUCUCUCGAAGAGUAUUUGGGCGAAAUCAGCGCAGCCUUGGACUCCGCUUUGAACAUCAGGAACUUCCCAUCACAGCAUGAAGAAAGACACAACAAGCCAGAAGUCGAAACUCGAAAAUCUAAAGAACUUUUAUUACCCCCGAUCGUCCUGACGAGAUCCAAAUAUGAAGAAACCCUGAUAGAGCCUUCAAUAAACUCCACAAGAAUCUCUCUGAGGUUUAAAAAAGUGGAUGACCUUGAUAGGCUGCUUUCUUCAAUGUUCAUGAAGUUUUUAGCCCUGAGGGCAGAACAAUUUUUAAUUAUGAGAAGAGUCCCUAUAGAAGGGUAUGAUAUCAGUUUCUUAAUCAUUCAUACCCACAUGGAGCAGCUUUAUAGAGAAAAGCUAAUUGAGUUUAUCGUCACUUUUUUGAAAGAAAUCGAAAAAGAAAUCAAUGAAAUGAAAUUGUCAGUGAACUCCAGGCUGAGAAUGGCAGCAACGCAGUUCGUAGCGAACAUCGUGAGAUAG